CUUCAAACUUCAAUGCUGACCCCAUGAGACAAAACCUGCUCAAAGGACCAAAAGCCAAAAACUGUUGUUACUUUCUUCCAACCAACGGUAAACUCCAUUAUUUGUUCAUUUGAAUAAAUUUUAUCACUUUUGUAAGUGCAGAUUGAAGAAAAAAAAAAGGAGAAAAAAAGCAAAACGAUGAAAAAGAAGAACACAAAUGGCCCAUUGCAAGAUAUCAAUGGCCGAUUAUUACCUAAUAUCCAUAAUCUCAGCACCAAAAGACCUUCAAAUUUUGCUUCCUUUUCGUCAUCUUCUUCAGCUUCCGUUCCUUAUGAAGCUCCAAAAACAAAAUGCUGUUCAAUAAAACAUUCUCUGUCCUCAGAAACCUCAAUUUCAUCAUCUUCCUCAAGAACCUAUUUUCAGAAAAUGCCGAACACUGAUAUCUCCAGAAUAGCAAAUGCACCAAAGCUGCUGUCCAAAUCCAAACCAAAAGAGAUACUCAGAAAACCCUUUUCACAUAUGAACAAAAGGGACCCACCCCAGAGCUAUAAUCAAAGAAACAUUGCUAAACCCAUCUGCAAAAAUGGUCAAAGAUCAAAACUUGCACCAGCUCCGAGCCAAAUAGCGAACAAAUUCAAAAAGGGGCCUUCGAAAUUAUUUCGGUCAAAGUUGAAGAAGAACCCGCAAGACAAGGGCCCAACUUCAGGUAAUCUGAUUAGCAACCCGAAUUCUGAUCAGAAUUGUAGUCCCUUGGGAAAAUUCGAUUUAGAUCCCGUGAAUUUUGAAACUGAAAUAGUGGAUUUUUCAUCACAUAAAGUAGAUAAAGAGAAUAUUAGUUGUUGUACUGCUGUCAAAACACCCCCUGUUGAGGCCUCAUUAUCUCCUGAGAUCCAAUCACAGUCCCGUUCCAAGAUUCCGAUCUUGAACUCUGAGUCGACGACCCCUGUUUUUUACGGCGCCGGUCACCUCAUCUCGGGUGUAACUGACAGAAGAAAGUGCAGGCGUAGGGGGAGUCUUAAAGGAGGUUUCGAAAAAGCCAAUCUUUUUCACGAAGACGGUGACUCGAUUGAAGUCUCUCGGAAUUCCCCAAUUCCUGUGAUAGCUGAGGCCUCAGUUCGGUGGGUCUUAUCCCCAUGCGAUGAGGAGAAUGAGGAUUUUAAUCAUGUUUCGGCUGAAAAAGCAUCUGAUUUAAUUUGCCCUAAUAUUGGUGAUUAUUCUGCAUUAUCCAUUUCUUCCUUCAGUGAUAGAAAUAUCAUCAGGACACCGGAUUCGGACAUGUGGUCGGAAGAGGACGUUAGGCUUUUCCAGUCCAAAAUUGGUAUUGUUACAGAGUCUUUGAACAAAGUGGAUAAAUGGGACUCGACUGUCUUUCAAGACAAUGCGGAUAAUAAUGUAUCUUCUUCUUGGGUGUCGAGUACUGCAUUAGAUAAUUUGUCACUGUCCCAGAUGAUAAUAUCAUGGCGGGAUGAGAAAGUUUCAAAAAACGAUGAAUUUGAUUGCUGUUGUUUGUUGUCGGAUGAGGAGGCUGAUGGUUCUUGUGGUGAAAGGAGGCUAGAGUCGUAUGAAGGUACUGAAGGUGGGGGAGAAAAGGAAUCGCGUGAUAAUAAAGACAACGAAUUUGAGUUGGAAAAUGGUUUUUGUCCAGUGCUUCUUGAUUAUGAACCACAAAUUUGUGGCAGAGGGAAGGAAAAUUUGUUGUCAAAUGAGGCUAACGCGUGUGCACAGUCUACUUUUACCAAUGAGGGGGCCUUAGCUGCUUCUAGUGAUUCUGACUGGACUUUCUGCCGUGAAAGUCACUUGUUUCAGGUGGGGAACCAUAGAAUUUGAUAUUAGAUCUCCUUAUGGCCAAGGCUUGUAAACGUGCAUUUAGAUACACACCGGCAGGCAUUCUGAGGAAAGACGAGCAAUCAGCUCCUCGUAUCUUGGAGCUGACAUUGGUUUCUUUCUAUGUGGCAGCAAAUUGGCUGCUUGAUUCUAGUUUGCCAUUAAAAAAAAAAAUCAGUUGAUAAAGAUAGAACAAACUACAGCAACAAUACCUGGCAAAUGCAUUUUCAGUUUCAGAAAUUGCAUUGGUCUCUGUUCAUCAGCUAAACCCCUUUUAAGGGCAAAAAUCAUUUAUUACAUCUCUGUUCUCCAGGGCUUUUUUCUUGCAGUGCUAUACAGUUUUGCUUCUAUUUUAAUAAACAAACAACAUUUCUUGAAGUAAGGUGAUAAGACAUAUUCAUCAUUUUUUUAAAACAUUUUUUCUUGUCCAUUCUGCACAACUUUUA